AAGGGAACAUAUACAUAAAUCAUAUGACAGAGUGAGGGUCUCUUGGAAAUAAGACAAGAUUUUUUUAAAAGGAUAAAAAUGGAUGAAUUUUAAAGAUCUUAUACCCAUGAAGCAGCCAAUAUUAAAGAAACAAUAGCAUUGUUGAAAUAAAUGUUUAAGAUCAAAGGGUAACACAUCUGCAUAAUUUCCAUAAGAUUUGUUUAAAGGGAAAAAAAAAGCUACCUCAGUCCUUGUUUAAAUAUUGCUGCCUGCCAAGGAUUUUGGUUAUUAAUUUUCUCUCAGGUUGAGGAGACAAGGACUGAGAAAAGUUAUUUGGAUUUGAGGAUCUGGAAGAUCUAUGUGAUUCCUACUGUGCAUUAACUAGUUGGACCUUAACGUUGGAGGGACAUGCAUUAAAGAAAGCCAGUAAACUCAGAGAAUGGGGUCUUCUGGUAAAUCUCAUACUUUGGUUUGUAAGAAAACUUGUAUACACGGAAGUUUACCAAUUUUCCGGAAUGAGAAAAUAAUAAAAUACACAUAACGUUAACCAAUUUGGAAUCCUACCCCUACCUUCCUUUCCCCUUUCUAUCCAGUUAGUUAGCUUCUCAUACCAGCUCUCGGUUUACCCGAGCAAACACUGUUUAUCCCGAAGGGCCUGGCAACGCUUCUGCCUCACCCCCAGUUCCGGCCGGGCUCCCCAACUCCAGGAGCCUCAAACACAGGUUCCAGAGGCCCGCACGAAAAGCACAGCCGGACUCUCGAAGGCGUGGGAACCGGAGGGGGGCGCUCCUCCUCCCAAGCUGGGCGGAGCCGGGCCUCGCUGGGCAAGUGCGUGAGGCCGCGCCGGGAGCUCAAUCGCGGCGGGCGCUGCUGAGUGGUGCGCGGGGCUAGGGGCGCGCUCGCACCGCUCCGGGGUUGAGCCCGGCCAGGGUCCGCGCGCGGAGCCACGUGCGCGCCGUCCCGACCCACCCAGGCGCUUCGCCCCGCCCGGACGUUCCCGCCAGUGGCCUAACCUGCUUGACUCGCCGAACUUGCCGCAGCUCCCGGCGGCAGCAGGUGGCCUCGGACUCGCCGCCGUCACCGCUGCCCGAGCGGGCCGCGCGCCCCGGAGCCCUUUCGGUCGCCCCCGACCGGCGGGAUGGAGCCGGACGGGGACCUGGAGGAGCUGGCCCGGCUGCGCUCUGUCUUCGCCGCCUGCGACGCGAACCGCUCGGGGCGCCUGGAGCGCGAGGAGUUCAGCGCGCUGUGCGCGGAGCUGCGCGUGCGGCCGGCCGACGCCGAGGCUGUGUUCCAGCGGCUCGACGCCGACCGCGACGGCGCCAUCACCUUCCAGGAGUUCGCGCGCGGCUUCCGCGGGGCCCACCGCGGGAGACGGCGCUGGGGCCGGGGGCCGCGGGAGCCCGCGUUCACCGCGGCCCUGGUGGGGUCCGACCCCGGGGACAGCCAGGAGGACGAGGGCGACGAGGACGCGGCGGCGGCACUGGCCGCCCACUGGGACUCGGCGAGCCCGGGCCAGGCUUGGCAGGACUUCCAGGCGCGACUCGGGGACGAGGUCAAGUUCAUCCCCAGAAAAGAGCAAGUUAGUACCUUGUAUCAAAACAUCAACCUCGUGGAGCCAAGACUAAUUCAGCCAUAUGAACAUGUUAUAAAGAACUUUAUCCGUGAGAUCAAACUUCAAAGCACAGAAAUGGAAAACCUGGCCAUUGCAGUGAAGAGAGCCCAGGACAAGGCAGCCAUGCAGCUGAGUGAACUGGAAGAGGAAAUGGAUCAGAGGAUUCAGGCUGCAGAACACAAGACGCGGAAAGACGAAAAACGCAAAGCUGAAGAAGCCCUCAGUGACCUCAGGCGUCAGUAUGAAACAGAAGUGGGAGAUCUACAGGUGACAAUAAAGAAACUCAAAAAGCUAGAAGAGCACUCAAAACACAUAAGUCAAAAGGAAGAUGUGGCUGCAUUAAAAAAACAAAUUUAUGAUUUAUCAAUGGAAAAUCAGAAAGUUAAGAAAGAUCUUUUAGAAGCACAGACAAACACAGCCUUUCUUCAGAGUGAAUUAGAUUCUUUGAAAAGUGAUUAUGCUGAUCAGAGUCUGAAUUCUGAAAGGGAUCUGGAAAUAAUCCGAGAGUACACAGAAGAUCGAAAUAGUCUUGAGAGGCAAAUUGAAAUACUCCAAACAGCUAACAGGAAACUGCAUGACAGUAACGAUGGCCUAAGGAGUGCCCUUGAAAACAGUUACAGCAAGUUCAACAGAUCCUUGCGCAUAAAUAAUAUAUCACCAGGGAAUACAAUUUCCAGAAGCAGUCCUAAAUUUAAUGCUCAUUCUCCUCAACCUCUGGGCUAUGACAGGUCAUCCCGCUCUUCCUACAUGGAUGAGGACUGUGACUCUCUGGCCCUCUGUGAUCCCGUGCAGAGGAUAAACUGUGACAUUGACAGCCUGCCUGAGAGCUGCUUCGACAGCGGCUUGUCUACCCUGAGAGAUUCCAAUGAGUAUGACUCGGAGGUGGAGUACAAGCACCAGAGGGGAUUCCAGAGGUCACACGGCACGCAGGAGAGCUCUGGGGGUGAUGCUUCAGACACAGACGUUCCUGAUAUAAGGGAUGAAGAGACGUAUGGCUCAGAAGGCGUGGCUUCCAUCCUAGACUGGAAGCCGCAGGGGUCUGCUAGUGAAGGCAGCGGCAUUAGCUCCUUGAGAAAGCCCAUCUCAGCACUUGCACCACAGACAGACAUGGUGGAUGAAAACCAUAAAUCUUCCAGCUCACAGAAGGCUUACAAGAUUGUGCUGGCUGGGGACGCUGCAGUAGGAAAGUCAAGUUUGCUCAUGAGACUUUGCAAGAAUGAAUUUCGAGGAAACACAAGUGCCACCCUGGGAGUUGAUUUUCAAAUGAAAACUCUCAUUGUAGAUGGAGAGCGAACAGUACUGCAACUCUGGGAUACCGCUGGCCAGGAGAGAUUCAGAAGUAUUGCCAAGUCUUACUUCAGAAGAGCAGAUGGUGUUUUGCUGCUGUAUGAUGUUACGUGUGAGAAAAGCUUUCUUAAUGUACGAGAAUGGGUAGAUAUGAUUGAGGAUGCAGCCCAUAAUAGCAUUCCUAUCAUGUUGGUAGGAAACAAGGCUGAUCUUCGUAAUGCUGCUGAAGCGGAAGGACAAAAAUGUGUCCCAGGGUACUUUGGAGAAAAACUGGCCAUGACCUAUGGGGCAUUAUUUUGUGAAACAAGCGCCAAAGAUGGUUCGAAUAUAGUGGAAGCUGUUCUCCACCUUACUCGGGAAGUGAAAAAAAGAACUGAUGAGGGUGACAGCAAAUCCAUUACCAAUCUGAGUGGGACCAGUUCCAAAAAGUCAACCCAGAUGAAGAAUUGUUGCAAUGGUUAAAUCCAAAAGAUCCUUGGCCCACGAAGCCUUCAUUCCCAGAGUACUGAAUGUACAUGACUUAUUUGCUUCCUACAUGGAGUGGUACAUCCUACGGACACUGUCGUAUGGAGAGUUACAGUGUGGGAAAUCUGAACUGUGCUCUCAGGUCCCUCCAGAACCUCGGCUCUUUUUUGCUAUGUUUCAAUGAGUGAUUUGGGCCCCCUGGUUAAAUAUACCUGUCUUAUUCUUACAAAGUCUUAACAGAUAAUGUGUAAAUGUUUUUAAAGUGGUAAAAAAAAAAAAAAACAAAACAAAAAAAACAACCCACAUGCUCAGAUCAAAGCUAUAGAAGAAAUUCACUGACGUAAUUAGGUUCAUGUGGUAAAUAACCUAUGACAUUUACUUCCAAUAUUCAAUACUAGAAAACUAAUAAAAGGGGGUUACCAUCCUAGCUUUGCUGUAAACUAGCCUUGUAGUCUCAGACAUGUCGCCAACCCACAUUAGAUUCAUUUCCUCAUCUGUAAACAAGCAGCUUGGCCUUUCAGGCCUCGGCCCUCUCAGCUCUGUAGCUCUUUAAGGAGUGAGAAGGAGAGCAUGAUGGCCCACAGUUAAUAAGGACUCUGCGCGUCUGUACUUUUUAAAUAUUGGGGCAUUAAUUUUUCUCACUUCUUGUACAAGAACAGAAUUUGAGAAAAAAUGGUAAUGUUUUAAGCUCCAGUGGAGACAGAAAAAUCUAUUUUUUAUGUAUGAAGAAAGAAAACAUUUGGGGGACAAAAAUAGUUUGUAUAUAAAAGAGGGUAUUUUAUAAUCUCAGAAUACUUAUAAAGUCAAUGGUUUGAAUUCACUGUUAAAAAUUCUAAUGAAAAAAUAGAAAGCUACAUGCAACUGAAAAUACAAGGCCCAGGAAAGUUGUCACACUUCACUUAAAAAAAAAAAAAACACCAGCAAGAGACUGCCUGGGGCUGGUGAACGGGAGGAAUUGAGAGUGACUGCUAACGGGUCUGUGGUUUCUUUGCGGGGUGAUGAGAAUGCUCUGGAAUUAUAGUGUGGUAAUGUUGCACAACUUGGUGAAUAUACUAAACCCCACGAAACUGUAUACUUUACAUGGUGAAUUUUAUGGUAUGUGAAUUAUAUCUCUUUCAAAAAAUACACUAGUAUUGAUUUAACAUUUUGCCGAAUGAAAAUAUGCAUGCUCAAACCUCCCCAUGGUUUACCCAUGGUUUAAGAGCAGAAUCUCCAGAAUAACGCAAAUCCCCUAACUCCCUGGUUGCCAGCAUUCUCCUCCUUAAAUAAUGAACAGUGAAAGAAAUGUUAUGUGUAGUUUUGGAAAAUCACCUCUUUUGAAGAGGAAUUGUGGUUAGGGUACAGGUAACUCAGAGUCCUUUGUCUCAGGUGACUAGGGACUCAUCCUCACCAACAGCCUGAUAGGUCUUGCCCUCCUAGAAGCUGUGCUGCCUCCCAGACUUCCCCACUGAAAUGUCUCCAAAAGCCAAAGGAGUCAAUACCUGACCCCAGGGUGGGUCAGCAAGGCAUGCUCUUUGGUUUUUGGUUUUGGUUUUCAGUGGCCUGAACCAGCUAAGUUAUUCCCAACUAGAGUCUUGAACUUACCUUUGUUCAUAGGUCCAGGCCCCAAGUAGCCUGCUGAAAAAACUUAAAUAAUAGCUCUUAUUUAUUGUAAUACAUAAGCUAAAAACAUCCCUCUUGUAGAAUUAAAACAAUUCUAUUUAUGAUUUUUAUGAUCAGACCUUAAAUUCUCCAAGCUUUUUUUUUUUAACGAAAAUUGGCCAGUAUGUUAGCACACAGAGAUUAUAAAUAGCCACAAUGUCCGUUUAGCUUUUCAAAGCGUGCCUUCUCUCUACUGAUGAGAUCUAGUUGGGUUUUUUUUGGGUUUUUUUUGUUUUUUUUUUUUUACUGGAAAGUUGGUUCUGUCCUCAACAACUCUACCAUGGAUUCCUGUUUACUGUUUUUUGGUCCCAGGAGAAAAAAAAGUUUACAUUUUUUACCAAAAAGAAUGCCUUGCUGGUGGGGAAUUGUCAAACUGAACCAGGGAGGGAUGGUUAUUUUUGUGCCAUGGUGCGAUGAAAGUUUUGCCACUGCUGUUUGCCUAGGUGGCAUCUAUGGAGCCUAGGUUAGAAUAGACCUGACACCUAUGUGUUGAUAUAUGGUACUCAAGUUUAGGUGUUCGGUGCAAUUGCACAAAACUGUUUUAUAAUACAUGUUAUUGUGUUGUCUUUAUUUAUUUUCCCACAAAGUGUCUAUAUUUGUCUUACAAUCUGUAUAUAAUAGUAUACCUUUGAUACAGAAGUAUUAUCUUGGUCUUUGCUUCCGGGUUGUACAGCCAGCACACCCAAAUUGAUUAGAUUACAUAGGUGCCUGUGAUAAACAAAGCAAUCAUCUUUAACUAAUUGAAUAGAUAUUUUUGCAACAAAAUCCAAAUCAGAGACUUACUGAUAGCUCUGGUUAGCAAUCUUGUUUAAAGAAAAGCUUCUUAUAGCUCUUUCAGUUGCCUUGCUAGGAAACCAAGAUUAUUACUAACAUUUGAUUUCAUGAAGGUGUUCUCAAAUUUAGAGUAUAUUUUUGGUAAGAACAAAAAUAAUAGCUAAUGUUUUUAACUUGAACUUAAUUUGCUACACUUGCAUAGUUCUAUGCAAGUAACUCACCUUGUCUCAAUUUUUCCUUGGAGAGCUUUUAAAAUCACAAUUAUACUACACUCUUUUUUAUGUAUCCUGACACAUUGGAUAAUAUUUUAGUUUUGUCAUGGAAAAGAACAUUGGCUAUGGAGACAUUUUUCACUGUUAACUUUUAACCUCAUGCAUUUUCAUAAUUUAUUUUUUCCACUUGCUGCUUUAGAUGACAUAUGUGACAUUUGAUUAUUUAAUACUAAAUGUGAUUUGCAUGAAGCCAAACCGUACAACCCUCUUGCUGAAGAUAAAAUUGAGUUUAAAGAUAUUUAUUUUCAUAUUUGUACAGUGAUCGGCUUCAGAGUCACGGUUUUUGUGGGCUUUUAUUGUAUAUGUGUAUGAGAAAUUUCAUAUGUAUAUAUUAAGAAGGCCUCUGAGUACUGAAUAAUUAUUUUAUGAUUUUGAUUUACAUGGUUUACAUUUUCAUGGUAUUGGCUAUAUUUCAUUUAUACUGUUUAUUUCUCUUCAAACCAUUAAUAAUUAUCCCAUAAAGUGUAACUUUUAUAGCAAUGCAAAUGUCUAAGGAACCACAAAUAUUUUCUACAUCAUAAAUUCAAUAAAGCAUGCUUGCUUUG